AUGUGGAAGGCCUCGAUGGAGAUGGAGAAAUUACCUCAGAGACCGGCGCCUCUGGGGUAAUUUCUCCGUUUCUGGCCAUGGCUGCUACCGAAGCGUCCUUCUUUCUCCACAGUUUUAGAAAGAAGCGGCGGUUUAGCCGUUGGGAGGAGGAGGAGGAGGAGCCGCUCUGAAGCCGGGGGAGGCGGCCCUGAGGGGCUACGCGAGCGCCCGGCUUUAGCCUAGUACUAGGCCGCGGCCUCUCAUUUCGCCCUUUCCCUCCAUCUCCUCACAGGCCAAGAUUAGCCUCUGCCUCUUUCGUUUUAGUCCCUCUUGCCUCCCGCUUUUAUAAGAUUUCGAAGGCCUUUUUUUUUAAAUUAUUAUUAUUUAUUAAAUCAAACGGAAUUCUUCCGACGCGCGUCGCCCGCCUCAACACAACAGCCCUGCGAGAUGGGGAAUGGAGGCUAAGCGAGGGCAUGUACAAAGGACAUAAAGCUUGAAACCAGCUCCAAGAUCCAGACUUAUUACUUUAUUUAAGUCCAGUGGGCCUCCCUUCCUCUUUUGUGGCAAAGAGGAUUGGCUAUCGGGGGUUUUAUGCAGUUUUUGUAUUAUUUGUUUUUAUUUAUUUUCUGAAUUGCCACCCGCACAUCGCUCAACCUGAGUAAUGUCAGAGAACACAGAAGGAGUUGGACCACCUGAUGGAUUCUCCCAGAGGACAAUGGAGCCAAACCAGAGCACUGAGGUUAAAGGUCUCCAAAACUUAUCCCCGCAGGGAAUUGGCUGCACUGCAGGGGAGGCAGGGGACAGUGGUGACCACCUCUCCAAGGCCCAGCAAGACAUCAAGCAUUCCCUUUUCAAUGACACUUUAAGAUUCCUCCCAGAAAAAUUCCAAACCUGUACAAAUUUUAAAUCAUUUACCCCAACGCCUCCUCGGAAACCAAGGCUUGAGCGGACUUCAUCACUCGAUGAACUGAUCUUGCGGCGGAGAAGAUUCUUCAGGAUGAGCCAAGACAGCUUGAUAGAUCUCACCAAGAUGGGCUCCUCUAAUGGCUCCCUUGAGGACAGGAGUCUUGUCAGGCAACAGAUAGUCUCCAGUGGAAACUGCCAUCAUAAUCAGGAAUCUCCCCUCAGCUUACAUAGAGACUCCAAGACUCCCAACACUCUGCAGGCCAAGUUAAACCUUUCAGACUCACACGGCAGGUUAUCCAAAGUUGUGCCCAACCAGCCUCCACCCCCUUUGGAACUGGAUGGCUCCUUCCCUUCGUUGAGGACGACUAAUAGGAUCGACCCGGAUUGUGCAGAUUACAGGCUUUGUUCCCAGACCUUCUUUCCGAGAACAGGCAGCAGCUGGAGUGACACCCAGCUACACAGCCGAGGGAUGGUUUGUGACAACUGCUCCUCGAUCUCCAUGAAGUCCUCGUUCAGUCUGCUGACCCCUAUCCGUGUUAGGGAUGUGCGAAACAGAAGUUAUUUGGAAGGCAGCCUUCUUGCAAGCGGUGCAUUGCUGGGAGCAGAAGAGCUGAACCGAUAUUUUCCUGAUCGGAACAUUGGCAUCUUUGUAGCCACCUGGAACAUGCAGGGCCAAAAGGAGCUCCCUGAGGUUCUUGACGACUUCCUUUUGCCAACAGAGCCUGACUAUGCCCAGGACAUGUAUGUGAUAGGAAUCCAAGAAGGCUGCCCAGACAGGCGAGAAUGGGAGAUUCGUUUGCAGGAGACAUUGGGUCCCCAUUAUGUCAUGUUCUACACAGCUGCCCAUGGUGUACUUUACAUGACUGUCUUCCUGAGAAGAGACCUCAUCUGGUUCUGCUCAGAAGUUGAAUUUGCCACAGUGACGACUCGCAUUGUGUCCCAAAUCAAAACCAAAGGUGCCCUAGGAGUUUGCUUCACUUUCUUUGGCACUUCGUUCCUUUUUAUCACAUCCCAUUUCACAUCUGGAGAUGGCAAAGUGUAUGAGAGGGUGCUGGAUUACAACAAAACCAUCCAGGCUCUUGCACUGCCCAAAAACAUUCCAGAUACCAAUCCCUAUCGCUCAAGCUCCUCUGAUGUCACUACCCGAUUUGACAAUGUUUUCUGGUUUGGAGAUUUUAAUUUCCGUCUAAAUGAGAAUCGGGAGGCAGUGGAACAAAUUCUCAACCAAGGGGCAGAAACAGACUUCUCUAAGCUGCUACAGCAUGACCAGUUGAUUAAGGAAAUGAACAAGGGUUCUAUAUUUAAGGGGUUCCAAGAAGCACCAAUCUUUUUCCGCCCUUCAUAUAAGUUUGAUCUUGGGCAAGAUACUUAUGACUCUACCUCCAAACAGAGGAUACCUUCAUACACGGAUCGAGUAAUAUACCGAAGCCGUCGCAAGGAUGAUAUUCAUGUUGUGAAAUACUCUUCUUGUCUUGGGAUCAAAACGUCAGACCAUCGACCUGUCUAUGGGCUUUUCCGUGUCAAAGUCAGGCCUGGGAGAGACAAUAUCCCACUGGCUGCGGGACUGUUUGACCGUGAGCUGUAUUUAAUUGGCAUCAAGAGACGGAUCACAAGGGAACUUCAGAAAAAGCAGGCUUUGAAGAACCAGAAAACCAGCUCUGUCUGUUCUGUUUCCUGACUUUCAAAAAAACAAAACACCAAAUGGGGAUUUCUGCGGCAGACCUAAGACAGACUUGAGAGAGGGGCAAAUGGAAGAGUGCCAGUGCCUGCUGUUUGCAGCCUGUGCAAUGAGACCUUCAGAGUCAUCUUGGCAGUGCUCCAGCCUUACUGAAAAUGGGAGAAAGUGUCCUGAAAUUGGAGAUUCCUGGCUAUUUGAACGGGUUCGACCACAAGGACGGAUUUGUCAGUGAGCAGCUGUCUUGUCCCAUGUGGCAUACCUCCUGAGAUACUGGUGGUUCCUGAAAAUGCUUGCUUAAUUAAGUGUGCUGCAUACUACUAUACAAAAAUGUUUUGGGCAUCUUCUAUAUUUAAAGCCAUGUAGACAUUUGGAAGAUACCUCUUGAGACCAUCUUGGGUUAAAGGGAAGUUCUCCUGCAACACUUGAUACUUGUUUCAUUCCCCUUUUGUCCUUUUUACCAGAAGGCUGUUUAAACAUAAACAACUGAGUUUUAAUUCAGUACCUCAAAGCAGCCUGGUUUUUUUUAUAGCGCAACUCAAGAAGAAAUGCUUUGAUAGCUGAUUGCAACCAACACUUGGAAAACUGGUUACAUCUCAAACCUCUUUCCAAUCAGAGCAAACCAACUUCGAUUUGGGAUUAUUUCCCAAUCUUUUUUUAAACUGUCAAUUCACUACUUGAUGAGACAAAAUACAAACUGGUUUAAUUUGACACUGGAUCUGUGCAUGUCUCUUUCUCAAUGGCUGCAAAAAUCAAUAAUCUAUAAAGGGCAGCAUUAAAUUUUGGCUUCUGCCAGUGGCCUGAAAAACAGUGUUACAGGAGUUUUCAUGUUUGGCUUUGCCUUUUUUCCUCAUUUAGUCACUGGUUACCUGGAUCCAUUUGUAUCCCGACCAUCUUUAAACUGAUAAAAGAAGAGCCAUAUCCUUAAAACUUCAGGUAUACCAAGUUCUUUCUCUAAUUAUACUUUUAUGUUAUACAGAGACCAUCCCUUCAUGCAGUGUACCCUAAAUUCUUCUAUCACUAAUGGAAACCUAGCCAUUCAAAUUCACAAUGACUCCCAGUGGGGAUAUAUUAAAUUCUGCAAUUAGAAUGAAUAAUGUAAAAAGAAGCAUCAUUUAAUUGGGUUCCAUUGUGGAAUCAGUGCUUGAUAAUAAACUCCUGUAUUUUGCAGGAUGCUUAAUUUUAAUAUUACUUCUCAGGCUACUUCAUUUGAUGUCUUUUGGCACAUUCUUAUGGAUCCACUUAUGGAUAUUGCUCCAAAGUUACAAGAUUCUUUUCCUCUUACAGUGCACUAUUACUGUCAAAGUACUAGAUGAGGAAGUGUUAACCCAGCUGCCAUCAGUGCCACUAUACUUUUAAAGGUGGGUGGAGAGAUGGGACUUUGAAACUUAGAGAGGUAGCAGAAAGUAGGCAUAUCUGAAGUCAAAUGAACAAUUAAAUCUCCAGCUGAUUAUCAAAUACACUACAGUACUGCCUUUUUUAAAACCCAAGUUGAAAGCUGUGGCCCUUGAGAUGUUUUUGGCAUACAAGUUCCACCACCCCUAGCACAGCCAAUGGUGAAGAAUGAUGGAACAGUUGCCCAUUCCUACGCCGCAUUAAAUACUGUACUGUUACAGACUGGCAGUCUUGUGGCUUCUGGAUACUGCAAGGUGACCAUCCCUGCUUUAGGACAAUAAGAAGUUUGUCUAUUAUAUUUUCAAGGAGAGGUGGGAAUGGGCCCAGAUUUGAUUCUCAACACCUCUAGUCAAGCAGAAAGUCUGGGAAAGAUCUUUGAAGAGGAGAGCCACUUUUCUUGCAAGAAUACAGCAUAUUGGCAUAGAUGUCAAACAAAGCAACCAUGUUAAAGUUCUAAUUGUUCUGGAUCUUGGAUCAACAAAAGGCUUGUGGUGCCUUGAAUAGAUUGUCAGUUGCAUCUGAAAAGAGCAGAGGCGCCCACAGUAAUCUUUUAGAUUGUAAUCCUAUAUACAUCUUACCUGAGUAAGUCUCAUUGAACCGAAAGGUGUUAAUUUAUGAGUCAACAUGUACAGGAGUAUGCUGUUAGUCUUUGAACUAACAUUAUGGCUAUAUUUGCUGCAGCAGUGUAAUCUAGAUCUAGAUC